UGAUUUGUAUAAUGGAAAACGAUCUAGUAACAAGAAAAAAAAAAAGAGUUAGAUUGUCCAAAUUAAAAAAACAUAAAGGACAUAUAGAAGCGAUACACAAAUGGCGUUUAAAUCGCAUACAUAAUACAGAAAACUCUGAUUCUUCGACACCGCAAUAUCAACCACAUAGCAAUGACAAUAUUCUAGACCAGAGUAGUUCUACAAUUGAAGAAAUAAACGAUGAUAAUGGAUGUGAAAGUAAUAACGUAGAGACCGUAGAGUCAUCACAUAUGAAUAUGUUAGAUUCAUCUGAUCGAUCAGUCAUAUUUGACCGUAAAAAUGAAAAAGGACCAAAAGAUGAGGUAUGCUUAAUUCAUGGCAGACGGAUUGUAGAUAUGCAAUAUGUUUUUGACACUAUUUCUAAAAUAAAGCAUGAACCAUUUAGCUGUACUUUUUCAGAUUUAAAAUUGAUAAAAGAAACUCGUUCAGGAUUUUAUAGUGAGUUUGUUUUUAAAUGUAAAAUAUGUAACAAAGAAGAAAUUGUUGGUACAGAGUGUCCAAAAGAAACCAUCCCUAUUAACUUGGCAAUGGUAGUAUCUUGUAUAAAUACUGGACAAGGUUUUUCAAGUCUUGAGCAAUUUUCCGCAACUUUAAAUAUGCCAUGUUUGUCUAAUCCUACAUAUCAAAAGCUUCACGAAGAAGUAGGGAAGCAAAUGGAAAACAUAUCUUGGGAGGCGACUGAAAAAGCAGCGAAAGAAGAAGCUAUGAUCGCGUACGAAAAUGGAGAUGUAAAUAAAGACGGAAUCCCAAUGAUAACCGUAGUAGCUGACGGAGCUUGGUCUAAACGAUCCUAUCGUUCCAAUUAUAAUGCGCUAUCUGGAGUGGCUUGUAUAGUUGGAUAUAAAACCAAAAAGGUGCUAUAUAUUGGAGUUCGUAAUAAGUAUUGUUCCAUAUGUCAAAAAGCAGAGUUUUUUAAAAAAAUGCCCUCCACCCACGUAUGUUACAAAAACUGGACUGGAACAUCGACUGCUAUGGAGAGUGAUAUUAUCGUUGAUGGGUUUUGCCAAAGUAUUGAAACCCAUAAUUUAAUUUACAACAGUCUUAUUGGAGAUGGUGACAGUAGCAUUAUUAAAAAACUACGAAUAAAGAAACCUUACGGAGAUGAUAUAAUAGUUCAAAAAAUUGAAUGUAGUAACCAUAUUUUACGGAAUUAUUCUAAUCGUAUUAGACAAAUUUCUACACAAAGAAAGUGUUCAUCUGAUAAUGUUGUUCCCGGGUAUAUUAGAACCAAAAUAAAAGCUAAUUUAUUGAGGUUAAGAUUUGCUGUGACGAAGGCUAUACAAUACAGAAAAGAAAUGAAUAUUUCACUCACUGAAAAAGUAAAGUUACUGAAAAAUGAUAUUUUGAAUGGAUCUUUUCAUGUAUUUGGAUGCCAUGAUAGAUGUGACAGAUAUUUCUGUGUGGAUAUAAAAGCAAAUGAAAAUAAUUUUGUCCCUGAAUUACAAAAAUGUGGUGUAUGGACUGAUUUAAUGGCAGCUUUAAACUUGGUAGCUUAUCACGCUAAUAGUUUAAUUCACCAUGUCAAUAACAAUUGUGUUGAAGGCUACAAUAGUAUAGUUGCUAAGUAUGUAGGCGGAAAACGUAUCAACUAUUCUCUUAGAGGCUCAUAUAAUGUCCGUUGUCAUACCGCAGUAUCUGCAUAUAAUUAUGGCCCUUAUCAUCUCAGAAAAUUUCAUAAAAAAGUAACUAACUUCAGCCCGGGAAAAUAUACAAAGCAAUAUAUUUCUAAGGAAAUAAAACAAAGACUCGACAAAAGACGUCGACUUAGCUAUAAAUCGUCCACUAAUACUAAUCUUAAAAUACGGAAAAAAAUUAUUUAUGGACCGGACGCCGAUUAUGGAGCUGUGAAUGAUGAAUUAGGUUGUCAGACGUUACCUAUGUCGCGUGAAGAUUUUGAAGAAAAAAAAUUAGAGUUGUUGACAAAUUUGAAAUUAAAUAUGGUUGAAAUUGACGAAUUACAGCGUCGAACGGUUGAACAGGCGAAUUGUGUGAAAUGGAAAAAAGAGAGGUCCAAAAGGUUAACUGCAUCCAAUUUUGGGAAAAUUUGUAAAUUACGAAAAACCACUUCCAGGAAAAAUAGUGUAAUCUCAGUUUUAUACCAAUCAGAGUAUUUUCAUGGUACUGCUGCUACAAGAUAUGGGAUUCAAUUUGAAUCUAUUGCAAAGGACGAAUUUGAGAAGCUAUUCGGAUACAAAGUAGCCCCAGCUGGAUUGUUUGUUGACCCUCAUCUGCCAUUUUUGGCAGCAACACCAGAUGGGCUUAUUGAGGAUGAUUCAAUAAUAGAGAUAAAAUGUCCAUUUUCUAUAAAAAAUUUUACUCCCCAAGAUGCACACAAAGCAAAAAAGUUAAAGUUUAUGGAUAUGCAAUCGGGUAAAUUAUUUUUAAAAAAAAACCAUUCUUACUACUACCAAGUACAAGGGCAAUUGCAUAUAACAAACAGAAAAUAUUGCUACUUUGUUGUAUGGACACCAAAAG